UCUAUAGAAUACAUAUAUACAUAUACAUAUAUAUAUAUUUCCAUAGAUGUGAAUUCUCAGAUAUCUAAAACUCACAGUUUAUUACAGAAAGAGCAUACCACAGCUCAUUGACACAUUCAGAGGAGGCAUUUCGUAGUAGGUUGUGCAUUUCAGCAUUUGGUAACCACCCCCUUCGCCCGGGAGCUCCCACAUGAGCAUCUACUCGUGGGUUGAGGAUACUAACAGACGGUUAGCUAGAUAUGCCCGCUGUCGAAACUACUCCCAUCACGGGAGUCAAUUAUACUCCAGAGGAGGUCAUUCAUGCCUACCAGGAGAUUCAUGACUUCGUUGAUUGCACGCCGCUUCAUAAAGUUGAAUCCAAUUCUGCCUUAGCAAAAUUCCUCAACACCCGAAUUAGCGAUGCCGUCCCAAACGUUUCGAUUGAGCUAUAUUUCAAGCUCGAGAACCUGCAGCACACAAAUUCUUUCAAGAUUCGUGGUCUCAUGUGCUGCUUAUCGCGAAUGUCCGAUGAGAAGCUUAAAAGGGGAAUUGUGGUGUUCAGUACGGGUAAGUUUCAAACCCUUCUAGUAUGCCCCUCAGAUUGCUUAAGAAUUUCAGCUAGAAGUAAUAUUAACAUCGGCUCGUACGGAGUAGGAAACCAUGCCUUUGCUAGUGGAUAUGCAGCCUCUCUCCUAAGCCGCAUGCGUGGCAUCCAAAUACCAGUGCACGCAUUCAUGCCUCCGACAGCAUCCAAAACCAAAGUCUACCUUGCAGAGUCCCAAGGAGUACAGGUUCAUCUCUCAGGGAAUUCAGUGACAGAGUGCAUGCGCACUGCCGAAGCUUUUGCAGAAUCGCUUGGUACAUCUGUGCUAGCACCAGCCGACGAUUACGAUAUCAUUCGAGGUCAUGGCUCUGUGAGCAUUGAAAUCAUUGACCAAAUGCAGAAGCAAGAGAACUUCGGUGCCACUAAGCCCGAUGCCAUUCUUGUCCCCACAUCGGGUGCCGCGCUGCUUGCAGGAACAGCCGUUUACUGCCAGCCACAUGGCGUUAAUGUGUAUGGCACCGAACCUGCAAAGGGGUCGGCCGAUCUUUUGGCUGGCAGGAAGAGUGGGAAAAGAAGGGAGAUGGUGGACUCCUCAGUCAACACUAUUGCGGAUGGGCUGCGAUCCUGCGUUGCACCCAGAGCUUGGCCCGUCGUCAGCAACAAGACAUAUGUCAGAGAUGUCUUUGGUGUCAACGACGAGCAAAUCCGACAAGCACUUAAGUUUUUCGUUGCUGAGACAAAGACACUCGCCGAGACUUCUGGAGUAGUCCCCCUAGCCGCCUUGCUGUUUUCCGAAGAGUGCAAGGCAGAGCUGGGACGACUAGCCAAUAAUGCAGAGCAUGGCAAGCUGAGGCUGGUAGUGGUCGUUACAGGAGGCAACGUCUCGCUGGAGGCGAUGGUGGAGGUUCUCAUGCUGGAUCCCAGGAAAAACCAGUGAUUGAUCAAGGUGUAAAAAUUAUCUAGUUAGAGCUGACGAAUACUUUCUUGGAAGAAUGGACAAAGAUCUAGACAUUCGAUCCUUUGGUUGAUCUUCGUAACUAUCGUAAGUUAACAUUUAAUUUAUCCGUUAGGCGGUUCGGUUCUUCGAAGGUCAAAAGGAAGAGGGAAAAAAAAAAGAAAUCAAAAAUGUGACAAUUUACUUACAGCCCCUUUCGCCGCUGGAAUGAGUGUAAUCCUUGAACGAUCGUCGCUGAUCUGUUCCGCUGUUGUUCCCAUCCUCAGCAUAUGCUGACGACCGAUGGAUCCGAUUGGAUCCUUUUUAUUCCUGGUGGCUCAGCCAUUUCUCCCUGACAUUUGACUCUCAACUGCAGCUUCGACGCAUGCCCAGAAGCUGUGGAGCUUGUAUGCUGUCAUACCACUUAAGGGCUUAGAGUGGAUGCUUUGUUGUGUUCUCAUGUUCCUGAAGCCCCCGUUGGUAUCUAACCUAACCCUAGAAAAGAAAACUGAAUGUUCCGUUUCUGAUGUAUGGUGGUUAACUAGCUCACCCGCGAUCUUGCUGCGAUUUGUAGUCGGAAAAUUGACGUUUUUGAUAUCCCUAGAGUCGAAGAGCCGCACACGCAGGGUCGUUGUUAGCUUCCGCCUUUGCGUCUGCCGAUGUCGAUUACUUUCAGGGGUAAAGAAAGUAGUCUGACUGACUCGUAGCAAAAAAGCAAAGGAAAUACUCGUGAAUCGUGGCCGGGAAAUCGCGAUGAAACCACUAUGUAUUCGUUUCAGCGUUUAGGGACCGUGGGAUAUACCCGCGAUUUGCCAGCUAGACAAUUCUAGGCAUGCAUGAUAGUUGUAUGCCUCGUAGUGCUUGAAUAGAAUACCCCAGUUCCACUAAGAGGUAAAUUCUUAUACCAGCGUCUCUUCUCUCGGAUGAUUUAGGGGGGAAAGAGUCUAGUCAGGAGAAAGGGGAUGGGGCGUGAAAUCCCGUGAAAUUCAUAAGUCGAUUCUGUUCGCUGAGACUAGAUAGUGAUGUUCGUUCUUGUCGUGAACAUCAUUCUCCUGUGGCGGCGGUAAAAGCGGGUAUUGUCUCUGUUCGUGACGUCGAUCAUUGGGGGUUGCAAAAUUAUUAACAAGCGUAGUAUCAUUCUAACCAUUUUGAUAAUUCUGCUGUAUCUAGUCUGUUAUCUCGCAGCUGCAUAAGCUUAAAUUUGCAAAAUAAAUAGUGAAUGCGCCCUGCAGAGAUCACUCAGUAUCCUGUAUAGCCGCCCGGGGGAAAGUUGGCAUUGCCGUACGGGCAUCAAGCUCUCGUAUAGCCAACUCAGACUCGACUAUCUUGGACAACCGCAUCGGUUAUUGUUCUGCACUGUCGGGAUGAUGAGAAUGCCGAUAUGUAUUGGCAGGAGUAUAUGCAUUGGCACUCAACUCUGUGUCUCACGGGGGAAAUAUAUGGUGUUAAGCGUACAGAAGAAUUCAUAUAGAUCUGCAAGCUCAGGUGUAAAUAUCGCGAUAGACACAAAUUAUUUCAAGGAUAUUCCAAUAUAGUGCUGGAGUGUACCAGAUCAAAUCUAGCUGUUCUGAACAGUGGAAGGACUCUUGCUACCAAGAAUGAAGGUAAGUAAUGCCUGAUCGAUGUCAAAGAAAAGCCAGAUAAUGAGAUACUCGCUGCCGACCUCUGAUAACAACGAUCAGGGCUCUUCAUAAGACACCGAGCUUGCCACAGUAGCCCUGACCGGGAGGCGAC